AUGUCUCUUCCCGUCCGUAACCUCGGCCGUAAUGGGCCUGAGGUUAAUGCUGUUGGUCUUGGGUUUAUGAGCCUAGGUGGUAUAUAUGGAUCACGGGACUCCCUGGAACAUAAGGUGUCCUUCCUCGAACAUGCCCAUGCCGCUGGCCAGCGAUUUUGGGACACUGCCGAUAUGUACCUGGACAGUGAAGACGCUGUUGGAGAGUGGGUUAAGCGUUCAGGCAAUCGAAACGACAUCUUUAUUGCCACAAAAUUUGGCAUCCAGUACGACCCAUCAUCUGGAGACUACAACUUGAAGAUCCGAUCCGACCCAGAGUAUGUCAGGGAGGCAUGCGAGAAGAGCCUCAAGCGACUGAACACUACCAUCGAUCUAUACUACUGCCACCGCAUUGAUGGUGUCACUCCUAUCGAAAAGACUAUCAAAGCCAUGGUCGAGCUGAAGAAGUACUUGGGUCUUUCCGAAGUGUCUGCUGCAACCCUCCGCCGAGCACACGCGAUCUACCCUAUUUCUGCUUUCCAAAUUGAAUAUAGUGCUUUCGCAACCGACAUUGAGUGGCCAACUAUUGAUCUUCUGAAUACAUGCCGUGAACUUGGGAUUGCGGUGGUUGCCUACAGCCCGAUCGGCCGAGGAGUUCUUUCUGGCCAAAUCAAGACCUUCGACGAUCUUCCUGAAAAUGACUUCCGUCGCGGGCUGCCUAAAUAUGCACUUGAAAAUUUUCCUAACAUCGUGAGGUUGACAGAUGGGUUUAAUAAGGUUGCUCAGGCCCAUGGCAGGACUUCAGCGCAAGUUGCGAUCGCAUGGCUGCUAGCUCAAGGAUUGGACAUCAUUCCUAUCCCUGGUACCCGUUCGACAUCCCGUAUGGAUGAGAACAACGCCGCUGUACUGGUCAAGCUGACAGAGCAUGAAGUUCAAGAGCUUCGUGAAUUGGUGGAUCGGACGGAAAUUCCCGGGCAGCGUUACUCUGGAGCGAUGGUUGAAAACACACUCCGUGAAUCCGUACCACUAUGA